AAUUUUUUCUAUUGAUCGAUUUUAACAUUUACAAAAGAAAAAAUGGGAGGAAAAUAUAUUCCGGUCGCGACAAAAAAGCUUCGUGUAGCAGCCAACAGUAAGAAUUUGGAAUUCUUGACAAAUCCGGUGCAGGUAAGUGAAACAAAAUGUUUCCAAAAUAUCACAAUCUUACUCUCAUACCUUACUCUGAAUUCGCAGGUGAAAGAGAAAAACACACUACCAAUUAAAACGGAAAUGAAGGAUCAAACGAAGGAACGAAAUAGAAGCAGCCGUCUGCUAAAAAAAUCAGUAAGAGGACCGAAUAAAGCGAUCGAUUCAAAAUACCUCGAAGAUUCCACUGAUGGUGAGUUAAUGAUGUCAAAAAACACUCCGCGAAAGACCAAGAGCCAAUCAGUGAACACCCGUUUGUCGAAAAGGAAUAAUCAAAAGUCAGCGGCAUCGCCUGGUCCGAAAAACUACUCCAUUUCAGGUCCUGCAUAUUCCGAUGAGGCAAGUUUAUCUUUUAUUGGAAUUCUAUGAUCCAUUAUUAAAAACUGUGUUUUUCAGGCUAAAUCAUCCGUGCUGGGCUCCC